AUAUAUAUUUCAACACCCGGGGAUAUACCCCCCAUUUGUACCGCAUAUUCUCAUUCAUUGCUUGUCUUACAUCUCACAGUCUGCUUUUUUUUUAUAGUCUCUCAUUCAACAACAGUCAAUCGACUCCGGCUUGUUGUUAUUUAUUUUAGCUUUCUGAAAAAAGCUGCCACUUCAUUCACCAUUUAUUACUACCACCUGCACCAACGCCGCUGCUGCUCGCGCCACCAUUGUCAUUCAUUGCCACCAACAUCAUCGUUAAUUAGAAGACCCUGAGACAUGGCUGAGAGACGUCCGUUCGAACACCUACCUUCAUCUGUUAUACCCAUCAACUAUGCCCUGCUGUUUCAGCCAGAUUUGGAGGCAUUCACGUUCACCGGAUCCGGUGAUAUUAAUGUCCAAAUCAAAGAACCUGUUGAAUCAUUCAAGUUAAAUGCUGCUGAACUCACUGUUUCUAAAGCUUCUUUCCGUUAUGAAGGUGGAGAACCAGUUGACCUGACUAUUUCCUACGUUAAGGAAAAUGAAAACGUCAUAUUCUCUUCUUCUGGUACUUUCAAGAUUGGUUUCGGUGUGCUGCACAUUGAGUUUGCAGGGGAUCUCAAUGAUCGAAUGCGAGGUUUUUACCACAGCCAGUACACAGUUUCCAGUGGCAGAGUUGUUCAUUUGGCAGUCACUCAGUUUGAGUCGACAGAUGCCCGUCGUGCAUUCCCUUGCUGGGAUGAACCCUCAUUCAAGGCUACUUUUGACAUCACUUUAGUUUUUCCUAAUCAUUUAACAGGCUUAUCAAAUAUGCCAGUUACUGAAGAGAAAACUCACUCAACUGACCCCAAGCUGAAGGUGAUGAAGUUUGAAAGGAGUCCUAAAAUGUCAACAUAUUUGUUGGCAUUUAUAAUUGGUGAAUUUGACUACCUGGAAGGUAGAGAUUCAGAUGACGUCCUCGUUCGCGUUUAUACACCAUUGGAGAAGAAGGAUCAAGGACAGUUUGCUCUUGACGUAACUGUGAAAACACUGCCAUUUUACAAGAGCUACUUCAAUAUUGCUUAUCCACUGCCAAAAAUUGACCUUAUUGCAAUUCCUGAUUUUCUGAGUGGUGCCAUGGAAAACUGGGGCUUGGUGACAUACAGAGAAAAUACUUUGCUCAUUGAUGCCGAAGACUCUAGUGCUAAAUCCCGACAGCUUGUUGCACUUGUAAUCGGUCAUGAGCUUGCACACAUGUGGUUUGGAAACCUUGUCACCAUGGAAUGGUGGACUCACUUGUGGUUGAACGAAGGUUUUGCUUCCUGGAUUGAAUACCUCUGUGUCGAUAAACUGUUUCCAGAUUUUGAAAUCUGGACCCAGUUUGUCACUUCUGAUCUUGCAGCUGCCCUCAAGCUUGAUGCCUUACACACAAGUCAUCCCAUUGAGGUUCCAGUUGGUCACCCAUCAGAAGUAGAUGAAAUCUUUGAUGCUAUUUCCUAUUGUAAAGGAGCAUCAGUCAUCAGAAUGUUACACAACUACAUCGAAGAUACUGAUUUCAAAAAAGGCAUGAAUUCUUAUCUAACGAAAUUCAUGUACAAGAACGCUGCAACUGAAGAUCUCUGGGAUGCAUUGGAAGGUGCUAGUGGCAAACCAAUCAAGAGAGUUAUGAGCACUUGGACAUCUCAGAUGGGUUAUCCCGUUGUCAAAGUCAGUGAAACAAAGGAAGACAAUCGUCGUGUUCUACAUCUGACCCAAAUGAAAUUCUGUGCUGAUGGUAAAGUGGAAGAUAAAACUUCAAGAUGGAUGAUUCCUAUUGAUAUUACAACCUCUUCAAGUAUUCAGAAACCAGUGAAGAAAGUUCUGAUGGAAGGUGGAAAGAUGGAAGUGGUUCUUGACAAUGUCAAACCUGAUGAAUGGGUGUUGUUAAACUGCAACUCAGUUGGUGUGUAUCGAGUGCAAUACAGCAGCGACAUGUUGCAAUCUCUGUUGAAAGGAAUUGUCAACAAAACCAUUCUGCCUACCAAUAGACUAGCAUUACAGAGUGAUCUGUUUGCUUUGUCUCGCGCUGGUAUGGUGUCGACCGUUGAAGUGCUGAAGUUUGUCCAGUCAUACACAAACGAGGACAACUACACAGUUUGGAAUGACUUGGCACAGAACCUAACCAAUAUUGCUCUCCUGCUUCAGUACACCAAGUACUAUGACCAGUACAAAGUGUUUGUUCGUAACUUGUUCAGGAAGAUAGCUGCAAAGGUUGGCUGGGAAGCUACAAAAGAAGAGAAUCACUUAACAACAUUAUUAAGGGACUUGGUGCUCUGCCGUAUGGGUCGCUAUGGUGAUGCAGCUGUCUUGGAAGAAUCCCGUAAAAGGUUCCAGCAUCAUGUGUCUGGGGAGAAGCCCCUUCCUGCUGAUCUGAAAUCUCCUGUUUACCUGACAGUUAUCUGUCAUGGAGAUGAAGAAGUAUUAACAUCUAUGUUGGAGUUGUACGAGAAAGCCCAGAUGCAGGAAGAAAUGGUUCGAAUCAGCCGAACAAUUGGUGCAGUUACUGAGAGUAAGCUCAUCACUAGAGUCCUGCAAUUUGCCAUUUCUGAUAAAGUUCGCAGCCAAGACACAGUUUUUGUGAUUGCUGGUGUAACAGGGUCUGUGUUGGGGAGGGAAAUGGCAUGGCAGUUUGUGAGGGAUCACUGGCAGUUUUUCUAUGAGAGAUACCAAGGUGGAGCACUGAUUGCCAGACUUCUUAAGUUCACUACUGAGAAUUUUGCAUCUGAAAAUCGAGCAAAUGAAGUUGAGGAAUUCUUUGCAGCCCACCCAGCUGCUUCUGCAACCCGUAACAUUCAGCAGUCCUGUGAAAAUAUCAGACUGAAUGCCCGGUGGUUAGCUCUUGAGUCGGAAGAAGUUGGUAAAUUUUUAGAUGACAUCAAGGAAGAUUAAGGGCCACACACGCACACAUACAUAAUAUACACACGUAUAUAUACAUAUAUACAGUUUUCUUUCUUGUUUAUUUUUUUUUACCUUUUUCCUGGUUUUUUUUUUACCUUCUGUAACGGGAGAGAAAGUGUAUUCACUUCAAGCAGUCAUUCAAAUACCUUAGUCCAUAACAUUUCCAGUUCCCUAAAAUCUGAUUUUCUCAGCUUUUAGAUGAUGCAAUUUGUCUUUUCUCUCUCUUCACUAAAGUUGAAAAUUAUGCAUGGAAAACAAUAGCCAAGUUAGUUUUUUUAAUAUCUAAUAAUUCAUGUGAUAUUAAAAUGAAAAAUUAAUUAGGAUUCGAUAUGCUGCAAUAGAAUAUAUUAGCCAUUAACUAUUUCCUUUUAAAUAAUUUCAAUAAUUUAAUCUUGAAAAUAUUCCAUUUUCUUCUACCAACAAAUGUAAUCUUUUAUGUAUAUUUACUGAGGGAAUCUUACAUAAUAUCUUCAGCUGACUGUGCUUUACUGAUGAGAUCAGAAUAAGACCAAAACCUAUCUCCAUAUAUGUUUAGAUUCUGCAUUUUUAUGUCUGGUUCAAUAUUGUAUAUUUUCAACAUACAGAUAUUAUUUAGCAUAUAAUAAUAUCAAUGAAAUAAAAAUGUCAAGGCACAGUUAGCUUUUUUACUUUUGCUUUCCCCAUCCUUUUGGCCUUUAUUUACUCUAACCCCCCCAGUUAGACAGCAGAUACAGGCUUCAGAUAUUUUGGGUCAUUAUGUCAGAUUAAUGUUAUUGAGCAUCAAUCCAAUGAUUUCUGGGUUUUUUUGCUACAUCUUGGUACCAUCAAAUGUCCACACAUUCUUCACAACUUCUAACUCUUCUUGGUGCUACACCUUUUCCUCGUCCACCAUUUAUGUUUCUCUCAUGUACAACUAACCUGAAAUCGAGCUUUGUCCUUAGUGGUUGUGGAAGUUGGCCGUCCUGGCCGGGGUUCAUCUGUGACCUCGAAAUGACCAGUCCAUAACCUCAACACCCGGAUUUUCACUGUGGAAUGAGAUGGGCAGCAAUCCUUCAAGACUUCCUUCCUCUUGCCAUGGAUUUCUGCUGUUCCUUUUUCUUGCAAAAAGAGGAACUUCAUGAUGCCCCCUGCUUCAAUCUUAUCAAAAUCCAUUGUAGGAGCUGCCAUCAUGCAUUAAACCUGCAAAAAACAGAAAGACACAUUGUAUACUAUCAUGGUAUUUUUUUGCAUAUCUUCUCCUAAAUAGUUGUCUUACCAUCCUUGUAAAGGUAACAGCUCUACCCCUUUUGCAAUACCCUUAGAGCCAGGAACUUCUCAGCACCCACCCCUCAUAUUUUUUUUACCACUUAUUCUUUCUCUUUUUCAAUCAAUUACUUGACUUAAUUACUAUUGCCAAUCUCUUUCUGAC